AUGGAGGCUUUUGAUGGAUAUUUGGCUCAUAUUAGGAGGCCCCUUUCCAGCUUGUUUCAAAGAGAAGGCGAUGGUACUGCGGAGAUUAGGAGUGAUAUAGAGGAUGGUAAAUCUACGGUAGAUACAGGUUUGAAGACAUUUGACGAUAGUGAUGAUAAGACUCAAGUUGCCGGAAAUCCAUCAGACGAGAAUAAAAUCAAGUCUAGCGGUAACUCCAAAGGGAAGGGGGUUUCCCGUAAAAAGAAAAAAGCUAAAGCCAACAAAAUACGACCAGUUAGUGGAUCUGCUAUUGAUAGUGAGAGCGAAAGUGAGGAAGAUGAAAUGGAUUUGAUUGGGAGGUUUUCAUUUGCCCCGUUUUUCUCAUCGGCUAAUACCAACGAUAACAAUCCUAGCCAGGGCUCUGGAAGUGGCUCGUAUUAUGGAUUUAUGUCUUUAGAGCAUUACCAUUGGCUUAUUCAGCAGUAUUUAUCGCCAUAUGGUGAACCAAGUGGAAUAAUAGCAGCUAAGGAUCCAGAAGUUCCUCCUCCAAUAGACCAUGUUGGAUUUGUAGAUACUGAUUCUCAUACUCAAACUGGAAGUAGUGGCUCGUACAGUGCCAGGGCGUUCCUCACCAACUUACUUUCCUCAAGAUCCAGUAGCGCGCCAGUAAAUGCAACUAAUAGCGCAACUAAUAGUGCUGAAGAGGACGAAGAAAAGAGAAAACAACGCAAGAAUCGCAAGCGUAGGCUAUUGUUGAGACAGCGAAGGCUCAGCAGACAUAAAAGCAUGAAUAGUGGGCCUACACGCCCCUCCCCGUUGGGGCCCCCAUCCGAUCUGCUGAGUGAAAAAGAGCUUCGACAGAGAAUUUUGGAAAUAAAAGAAAUGAACCUUAAUGAUAGAGAACGAGACAGGAUGGUACAGACACUAAUGACUGAAAACUACUAUCGAAUAAAAGGACUGAAAAUUGAAGGAGCGGAAGUCGAAGAAGAUAACAUCAGUCAUAGGUUGAAUCGUGUCAAACUAGAAAAUGUAAAUGAUGGUGAUAAUGAGAGCGAUGAGAAUGAUUUUGAUGAUCUAGAUGACGACGGAGAAGUAGGUGACGAUGACGAUGACUAUGACGUCGAUGAUGAAGACAUAUCCCUAUCGGUGAUAACUGCUAAAGACAAAGAACCUUCCUACACUGAUGAAACCUGCGAAGUUCUUGGCUGUGAACAUUACCAAAGAGGGUGUAAACUACAAUGCUCAACAUGCGAUAGCUGGUACACAUGCCGAAUGUGUCACGACGCAGAAGAGACUCAUAAACUUAUUCGCAGGGAUACUCGGAAUAUGGUUUGCAUGUAUUGCAAAACGGCACAGCCAGCAGCUCAAGAAUGCCGCACUUGCCAUGAAAUCAUGGCUAGAUAUUACUGUGACAUUUGCAAACUCUGGGACGACGACAUUCAUAAAUCUAUUUUUCAUUGUGAUGACUGUGGAAUAUGCCGUAUCGGUAAGGGUCUCGGGAAAGAUUUUUUCCACUGUAAGACUUGCAACGUGUGUAUGUCCAUUGAAUUAGAGAAUGCUCAUCGUUGUAUUGAGCAUUCGACAGAGUGCGACUGUCCUAUUUGUGGCGAGUUCAUGUUCACAUCAACCGAGACUGUGGUGUUUAUGAAAUGUGGUCACUCAAUCCACCAGUCUUGCUAUCAUGAACAUACGCGGAACUCUUACAAAUGUCCCACGUGCCAACGGUCAGUUAUUAAUAUGGAAGCAAGUUUUCGGAUACUUGACGCUGAGAUCGCCAGUCAAGUUCUUCCUGAACCAUAUGUGAACUGGCGGAGCAUAAUAGUCUGCAACGAUUGUUCUGCAAAGUCCAAUGUUCCCUUUCAUUUUCUGGGGCUAAAAUGCUCUACGUGUCGCUCAUACAAUACAUCACAACUCAAGCUAAUUAAACCAGAAGAGUUUGAUGUCACUGGGUUGGAUCGUGCUCUUAUCAUGUCGGCAGUGGAUUUAUCUGAUGUGACUAUUGAGUCCGAGUAA